UGUAUUUUCACCACUAACGACGGCUCAUCGAUGCAUUCUUUUAAAAAGCUUUGAAAUUGUAAAUGUAUUUCAUAUGUCAGCUGUUGUUCUUGCUAAAGCAUUUACUACAUUUACUUAGUGUACUGUAAAUUUUAACGCAGAAAUGGAGAAAUCACAAAAAAAGGCAAAAUUCGAAAGAGCUACAAAAGAUCAAUUGUCAUUUUAUGUAGAAUUUUGCCAACAACAUCCUGAACUUUUGGCUGGUAGAAGUCAACCACGUUCGAUGUGGGUAAUUCAGAAUCUAUGGAGAGAUUUGGCUAAACAAUUAAAUGCAAUGCGCGGACCAACAAGAUCACCAACCAAAUGGAGAGAAACGUUGGCGGUCUGGAAAUGUCAAUUGCGCACACGUGCCCGACUAAAUCAGGGCGAGCUGCAGAUGAUUGGCGGUAGUUCAGAAAGUAGCCGGAAUCUGUUUGAACUUGCUUUGAAGACUUUCGGGACUGAUGCUUCUGGUAUAGAGCACUGCGAUGUGAGUGAAACAAAACAAGUGAUAGAUACCGAAGUAACAAGAGACUUAGACGAUUGUAAUGACCCCCUUUUGGCACCGAGCGCGGACAUUCGACCCGCUUCAGUAGUUAGUCUUGACUCUACAUCUUCGUCGCAAGGAGCUGCAAGCUUUAAACCUGCAUCCCCAGCAGAAUCAAUUUCCCUGCCACAAGGUGAAGCGCUUGAUUUGAUAAUACGCCGUUUUAAGCGCACUGAUGCUUUAGAAAAGCAAAUACUCCAAGCCCAGCUUGCUACAGCGCAAGCAAUUGAUAAAUUAAGUGAUAGCCUAUUAGUUUUAGCAAAAGCCAUAGAAAAAUUGGAUAAAUAAUAUAAAUAUUUUUUUGUUGCUUUGAGCAAAGCUUUUUAAUGUAAAAAACUAAAAGUUGUUAGUUGAGUUCUAUGACAACUUUAUAGAAUAUUAGAAAUGCAUUUCAAGCCGAAGAAUGUAUUUCUUAAAAGCUUCCACUACCAGACUUACUUAUAAAUGAAAUUGUUACAGAAUCUCAGUGCGUAAUCUAAAUGAACUGAUAUCACUAAUAAUAAGAAUAAUAUAUUGAAAUAAUUUCCAUAAUUGGAAAGAACGUAUAUGUAUAAAAAUGCGAAAUUAUUGCUAUUAAAAAAUCAAAAUUCAUUCCUGAUGAAUUCCAUAAGGUCUCAAACACAAUACAAUACCUACGCAUGCGUUACGCGUCAUCAUAUUCAAAAGUGUCGACUACGAAAACUACAGUUGAGUACAGCUUGCAUCAUUCCAACAAAGCACGUAGAUGAUUAACUUUUAUCUUUGCUUAAAACAGUUGCAUUGACAAUCAAAAGAAUGUUGUUUAUGUAAACAAACGAAAAUCAUAUGCUUGAAUUUCAAGAGUCAUGUGAUCUGUGUGAGUCAGCAAAUCACCGACAAAUGAUUCGCUAUGUUGAGUAUAAAAUAUAUGAAUUUCUAUUCGGUUCGUAACAUUAUAUUUUGUACGCGAAAGAUGAAAUGACUUUUCAUAUAUAUUUCGAACAACAUUAAUAGGUAAUGAAAAACACGGUGCAACAGAUAAAAAACGAAGAAACAGAACAAGUGGGGAAAAUAAAUUGGAAUUAAAAUUUUAUCGCAUAUUGUGGCCAUAUUGAUAAGCGUAUAGCGACUAUUAUCG